ACUAGCCAACUUUCCAAUUUAGUCAGAACACUUAAAUUGAUAUUUCUAGCGUUACGAUAGCUAUAAUUUGAUCUAAUAUUUUAUUAAAAUAUAAAAAUUCAAUUUAAUAGUUAUUUAGUUAGUAUUUUGAAACGGCAUAGAGCGGAACAUUAGUCACUGCGUCUAAAAAUCGAUAUCAUUCUAAAAUACAUGGAACGUGUGAGGUGUCGCAACACCAAAGAGUGAGCAGUAAGUCAAAAACUAAUCAAAAAGCAAGAACAGGAACAACCACUAUUUAUUGUGUUCUAAAAAUAUUUAAUGGUUUAUUUAGCUUGGAUCUGUACUUUGCAUUUUUGGUAAUGGUACAACAAGCCAAUCGUGGAUGUUUAAUCAAGAGAGGUUUUUGAAACAUGUCUAAAACCAUCAAUGCGUAUAGGAUCAAGAAGAUAGAAAACUACGGCAAAAUGACACAAAUGACACAAGAAGAAAUUGUUGCUGCUGUAAAAACAGUCGCUCAAGGGUUGGAAGCCUUGAGAUCAGAACAUACAGGAAUUCUACACAGCCUUCAUGAAGCCCCCGAUCCUGUAGUUAGUGAAAGAGCUGGCUUAGUGCAGCAGAGCGCUGAUAUGAUAGAGCUUGGUCUUGGGGAAGCACAGGUGAUUAUGGCAUUAGCCGCACACUUACAACUAGUUGAAGCUGAAAAACAAAAAUUGCGUACGCAAGUUAGAAGAUUAUGUCAAGAAAAUGCAUGGCUUCGUGAUGAAUUAGCCUCUACACAACAGAGAUUGCAGUCCAGCGAACAAAUGGUCGCUCAAUUAGAAGAGGAUAAACGUCAUCUUGAAUUUAUGAGUUCAGUGAGCAAAUUUGACCAAGAUGUAACUGAUGACAAUGCAUCUGAACAGUCAAAGAGUGAAAAACCCGAUCCAGUAGUAGAUCUGUUUCCAGAUGAUGAAGCAGAUGACAGGCAUAAUAUGUCUCCUACACCACCAAAUCAAUUACAACUAUCUCAACAAGUAAAUGCUGGCUACGAAAUUCCCGCUCGACUCAGAACCCUCCAUAAUUUAGUUAUACAGUAUGCUUCUCAAGGUCGAUACGAAGUGGCAGUACCUUUGUGUAAACAAGCUUUGGAAGACUUGGAAAAAACCAGUGGACACGAUCACCCUGAUGUAGCUACCAUGCUGAACAUUUUAGCUCUUGUUUACAGGGAUCAAAACAAAUAUAAAGAUGCUGCAAACCUUUUAAAUGAUGCUCUAGCAAUAAGAGAAAAAACUCUCGGAGAAAAUCAUCCAGCUGUAGCUGCUACUUUGAACAAUUUGGCUGUGUUAUAUGGUAAACGUGGAAAGUACAAAGAAGCUGAACCAUUGUGUAAAAGAGCACUAGAUAUAAGAGAAAAGGUGCUUGGAAAGGAACAUCCUGACGUAGCUAAACAAUUGAAUAACCUGGCUUUGCUAUGUCAAAAUCAGGGCAAAUAUGAAGAGGUAGAAAAGUAUUAUCAAAGGGCGUUAGAAAUCUAUGAAAAAAGGUUAGGCGCAGAUGAUCCGAACGUCAGCAAAACCAUGAAUAAUUUGGCUUCUUGUUAUUUGAAGCAAGGCAAAUACAAGGAAGCUGAAGUUCUCUACAAGCAGAUCCUUAACAGAGCACAUGAACGGGAAUUCGGAACUAUUGACGGUGAAAACAAGCCUAUUUGGCAAGUAGCAGAGGAACGUGAGGAGAAUAAAGCCAAAAAUAAAGAAAAUGUACCAUAUGGAGAAUAUGGGGGCUGGCAUAAAGCAGCUAAAGUGGAUUCUCCGACUGUUACUACAACUCUUAAGAAUUUGGGCGCUUUAUAUAGGCGUCAAGGCAAGUAUGAAGCUGCUGAAACCCUAGAAGAUUGUGCCCUACGCAGCAGAAAGGAAGCAUUGGACAUUGUGAAACAUUCUAGAAAUCUUCUGACAGAUGAUAGACGCAAACCCGGAAGUGUAAAAGAAAAGACUUCUCGCCGAGGUUCUAGAGAAUCUUUAGAUAUGGCUUAUGAUGGAGAUGAGACCACAACUGCAAAGACUCCAGACACGGAAAAAAGUGGCCUAAAAACUAAAUUGUUCAGCGCACUUGGAAUUCAUUCACCAGUGAGCAAACCCAGCUCUUAGUUCUGUUCUUUUUUACCGAGAAUAUGAUAAAUUGUAUAUGUUGAGCUUUAAGUUUGAGAAUGUUUAUAUAUAGUAAUAUUUACUAAAAAUAACAUUCCAUCUAAUUGAAAGUUGUUUAGGAAAAAAUUCUAAAUACAUGGAGGGUUCUGACUAGAAAGGGAAAACAAAAGCUUCUGCAUCUAUUUGAGAUGGAAAUGCCACAGAAUUUGACACAAAAGUUUAUUACAUUUCACAGUUUAAUGAGGUAAUAAAUAGACUAUUGAAGAAUAUCUUUUUAUGUGCACAUUUUUGCAAAUAGAAGAAACAGUUAAUUAUAGAUUAGUAACCCAUUCUGCAAUUUCAAUAGUGGUUACUUAAGCAAGCAGCAGUCUCUUAAUGUGCAUUAUAAUAUAAUUGCUUAUUAAACUUUUUUUUCCAAAUUAGCAUUGGUGAUUUGGUACAGAUACAUUUUGAACAUAUUUAUUCUUCAGAUAAUUAUAAUUUUAUGUUUGUUAACGAUACUUUCUAGUAUUGUUACAAUAAUGUUCAAUUGAAACCUUUCAAGUAGGUUCAUAUAAUAUCUAUAUUUUGACUGAGUCGAAAUAUAGUAACACUGACCCAAGUAGAUUUGGAAGAUAAUUAUAUUACCUGUCUUGUUAUCUACAUUUCCAGAAAUAUAUUUUUCAUAAGAAAGAAAAAAAUUAUCUCCCCCUUACGAGGUCCGUACCCUUCAUAUUUUACUUUUGGACUUUAUUUUCAACUUGAGUGAUUUCAAGUAUAAACUAGUUACAAAAUAUCUAAGUUUUUUCCUAAACUGAAUUUAAAUCAUUCAGAAAUUAGCGAAUUCAAAAGCUUUAGUGCAAUAACAAAUAUUUUUAACAACAUGCAUUAAGUAUAACGAACAAAUAUCUGAAAAACAAUUUAUAGGAUCAGUCAUUAUUAUAUUUUUUUAUUUUUUGCUUAAUGAAAUUUCAUUGCUUAAUUUAAUAAUAUUUUAGAUUUAACUUUUUAAAAGGUGAUCAAUACUUGCUUAAACUACUGGCUUGUAUUACAAUUUCAAUAAAGUAUCUGGUUAAAGUA